AUGCUCCAGAAGAGCUCGCAGAUGAUGCAGGUGAGUCGGCAUGAGCAUUUAAGCUUGAAAACGACGCCCACGAACGACGCCGAGUGCAAGGCCGUGUCUGGCAUCAACACGGGCCUGCCCAUCGUCUACGACUCCAGCUGCCCCGGCCUGUGCUGCUUCGAGGACCAGCCGUGCAGGUACAACAACACGGGCUGCUACUCCGCAGCCUUGGCGCAGCAGAAGGUGAAGUCGACGCCCACGAACGACGCCGAGUGCAAGGCCGUGUCUGGCAUCAACACGGGCCUGCCCAUCGUCUACGACUCCAGCUGCCCCGGCCUGUGCUGCUUCGAGGACCAGCCGUGCAG